AUGGCCGAGGUGGUCGGCCUAGUGGCCAGCGUGAUUGCCGUGGUCCAGCUCACGGCCAAGGUGACGUACUGCUGCAGGUUCUACAUCGAGAAUGUCAAGGACGCCCGCAAGGACCUCCGCAGGGUGCUGAUCGAGACGAGCUCGCUCCACGGCGUCGUCGACAACCUGCGGUUCCUGCUCGACAGCGACCCGGACUUUCAGUCGGCAACCGAGCUGUCUGCCCUCUAUGCCGCCGACGGGCCCGUCGCAGGCUGCCUCGAGACCCUCAGGCGGCUCGAGGACCUGGUCCCGACGCCGACUGAUCCCCGCCCGGCGCCCCCGGCCCCCAUGACGCUCAAGUGGCGGGCCGAGGCCAUCUCGCUGCGUCUGGCUUGGCCCCUAAAAAGAAACAAGGUCAUGGCCCUGCUGGACGACCUCCAGCGGCACAAGGCGAGCGUGUCGCUGGUCAUUUACGGUGCUGACGAGGAGAGCAGGAGAGACGUGAAAGCCAUCAAGGGCGAACUCGUCACAGUCCGACAGCUUCUGACCGCAAACGAACGCCUCCAGUUUUACGACUGGCUGUCCCAGACCAACCCCUCCGAUAUCCACAACCUGGCCACGAGCCAGUACGAAGAGGGAACGGGCGAGUGGGCUCUCCGCCACCCUGCGUGGGGCCAGUGGUUGGACCCGAGCAAGCCGGACUCGCGGUGCGUUUGGCUGCACGGGAUCCCAGGCGCGGGGAAGACAGUGCUGGCGGCUCGCCUGUUCUCGAAGCUCCUGGAGGCCCAGGAAGCAGGGGGCGCGUUGGCUUCAGUGUCGGCCCCGUGCAUAUACUAUUACUGCCACCACACGCGCCGCCACGACGAGGCGCCGCACUUUCUGCGCUGGGCCAUCAGCCGGCUCUGCCGCCAGUCGGACGAGAUGGCCGGCUCCCUGCUCCAGCUCUACAAGGACGGCAGCCAGCCGAGCCUGCCGCAGCUGCUCUCGGCCCUCGAGGCCUCCCUAGCGCCCUACGACGCCGUCUUCGUCGUGCUAGACGCCAUGGACGAGAGCAUGCCGCGCGAGCGCCUGCUGGCCGUCGUGCAGGACCUGGCCACCGACUUCCGCUUCGCCAAGAUGCGCCUGCUGGCCGUCAGCCGCGUGUACGUCGACAUCAAGGCCGUCAUGGACGCGGUGGCGACGCCGCUGUCCAUGUCGAACCCGUUCGUCGAGGCCGACAUUGCCAAGUACGUCGACGCGGCAGUCCGGCGGCAGCGGGCGACGACGUUCCGGCUGCUGAGCGACGAGUUCCUGGCGCGCGCCUGCCGGGUAAUCGCGGCGCGCUCGCAGGGCAUGUCCCGGUGGGCCGUGUGCCAGCUCGACGUGGUGCGGCGGCUGCGGUGGCGCGACGAGGAGGAUCUGGCGGCGGCACUCGACGACCUGCCGCGCGACCUCGAGUCGACGUACGAGCGCAUCUUCCGCUGCAUCCUCGAGCAGUCGCCGCCCGACGACUGCCAGCUCGUCACCGAGGCGCUGGCCUGGAUCUCGUACAACACCCAGAUCCACCGGUCAAAGUACAUGUCGUUCCGCACCCUGCUGGCCGUCGUGUACCCGGACCACGCCGACGCGCUCGGUCCCGUUCUCGCCCGCCGCGCCGAGCAGGUCCGCGACCUGCUGGGCUGCCUCGUCGCCGUGCUGCGGCGCGACGUCGCCGCCGUGCGGAUCCUGCUGGACGCCGGCGCGGAUCCGAAUGGCGUUGGCGCGCCGGACGGCGUGCCGUUUGAUUCGCAGCAUCCGUUGAGCUAUUUUAACGAUCUGCACGGAGCCAGCCCGCUGCACGUGUGUCGCAGUUUCAAUUUUCGCUGUUUUCAAUAUGAUCUGUUCCGGGAGAAGCAUUACGCGGACGGCAUCGAGGAGAUGCUCGUGCAGCGCGGCGCGCGCGACUUUCGGCUCGCCGAGCCGGGUGCGUUUGACGGCUUUGGCGUG